AUAUUUUUGACGUUUUGAACAUAACCUCGAAAAAUUUUAACAUAAUAUUUGAAAUUAGUUUCGUAUAUUACAAAAUAAGAAUAAAUAAUAAUAGAAAUGCUCAGAAUUUUUCGUAAGAUAUGUCACAAAGAAAAGAUAUCUGCUAUUUCUGUUAUAAGACGGACAUUUUUAACAGAGGAAUAUAAAUGUACGGAAUCAUGGAAUGCAACGAAUUCAUCACCUUUAUUAAACAAAAUAAACCUAAGCGACUUCUACAAUCAGUUGGAUCAGAGCUAUACCUCGAAGGGAACAAUCAGUGCAAUAGACAUUGAUAUAUUCGCCAAUGCAGUUAAUGAUUCCCAUCAUCUUGAAGAACUAAAAGAUCUUCUUCAUAAAUUAAGACUCUCCGCCGAAACUGGUAAUACAUUGGAAUCGACAUCGCAUGCUACUGUACGUAACUUUUUACAGUUUGGAUAUGUUGAAGAAUUAAUUGAAAUACUUAAAGACCCGUUAAACUUCGGUGUUUUUCUGGACGAUUACAGUGCUAAUAUUUUAUUAAAUGAGUUAUUAUCUAAACACAAUUAUGAUUUAGCUGCAGAUGUUGCGAGUUUAGUCAUGCUGCAAGAGGAAUUUUCAAGCACUAUAACAUGUACACUCUGCCAGUAUGCAUGCUAUAAAUAUAUACUUGGAUAUAAACCACCAGAACCUAUAACACCAGUUGAAGAUAAAACCAAAAAAGUUGAAGAAAUAAAAAUAAGAGUAAAAUAUUUGAGAAAUCCAUAUUUUGAUGACCAUUUUGAUAUAAAAGAUAGAUAUUUGUUGUGUGGGAAAACAUUAGCCUGGAUUACAAACAAACCUAACGAUAACCUUUGUAACAACUUGAGGCUAAUUGGUUGGCUAGCUUACAAGAAAUAUGAUAAAUUAUUACAACUUUGUCAAGAAUUAACAAAAUCUACAUCAUUUAAAUUAUUCAAUGAAGUUAUUGAUAUAUUUAAUAGAGAUAAAGAACAUUCACCAGAAUCUGAUGUUAAAGACAUAAUUGAAAAAAGCAUUUCUGUGUUAAGUGUAGCUGAAAAAAUAUCUACUGAAACAACAUUAGAGAAAGCUAUCAGUAUUGCUGUUGAAAAUGCCAUCAACCAAUCUCAAAACAAUGAUAUAUUAACACAAAAACAGUUAUUUCAAUCUUGGGUAGAAAUAAGAAAACAAAAACUUGAAGAACAAAUUAAUCGUCUAGACAGAGCAAGGCGCAUACAAACGAUUCAACAAAAACAAAAACAAAUGCAAGAAGAAGAGCAGAAACUGUGGUUCUUUGAAAAUGAAGAUAAGGUGGAUCUUGAAAUUGAGGAAAAAGAAAAACUUACAGAAACAAAUACUGCCAGUAAGAAAACAUUAACAACAAAGACUAAUGAGCAGUACAUUCCACCUGAAAUAUUACCAAAACGAAAUUAAAUGGAAUGUAAAAUAAUUAAAAUUAGAUUUAUACUGA